AUGCCCCGUGAGCUCCUGCUCUCCCCGGGCUGGCGCCCGCCGCGUGCGGCGCCGCCGGCGGCGAAGGGGUGCGCUCCCAGCCUGCCCCGCGCGGGGCGGGGCGGGGCGGCGCGGGGGCCGCCGGGAGCUGUAGUGCGGGGCGGGCGGCGGUCACGUGGCGUGCCCGGUAGUGGCCGCGCUGGGAGCGGAGGCGCCAAGAUGGCGGCGCUGCGGGGCGGAGCGGUGCCCGCCGCGGCCGGGGCCGGGGUUGGCGGCGCCGCUGCCAGGACCGCUCCGCGAGGGCUAGCGGGCGGCGGGGCCCUGCGCGAGCCGCCCCUCCGCGCCGGCAGCCCCCUGCAGUGCUUUUCCCUCGAGGAGGAUAACCUGAGCUUAACGUCACUGGAUGCACAAACCAUCUUGGAAGCUGAAGAGGUCCUGGGGACGAUGCAGAACUAUCUCGACUCCUCUGUGAUCUCCAUCAUUGAGGACCUCUCUCUGAGUGAGCAGAGCAAGGCCUGCCUGGACGCACAGAAUGAGCUGUCCUUGCUGACUGCCAUCACAGAGAUCCUGGACAGCACGGAUGAUGAGACCCUGUCUCCCUUCGACACCAUCAUGGAUAUGGAGCUGCUAACCUCGCCUCGGGAGCGGGAGAAUCCCUCGUUUCAGAAGUUUCUUAGCUUGUCCCGUCCGUCGCUGGAGUGCGAGAGCCCUGCCCUUGAGCAGUCCAAGGCUCUCAGGCCUCUGAGCAGCAGCAGUGUCUCUGUGGUUGGGAAGACUGACACAGAGCUGGUUUGGGACCGUGCUUCUCAUAGCCUUGAAGACCUGGCACUGUCAAAGAAGCAAGUCUGCAGCACCCCGAGGGUAGAGAGGAAGCUGGGCCGGCACUGGGCCCGAGAGCAGCCCCUGCCGCAGCGCAGUGAUGGGGAAGAAGAGGAGGAGGAGGCUGCCUUGAGUCCUGAGCUAGACAGCAGCAUGCAGACUGGGGAGUAUUGCAUGAGUGGGGCCAGGACAGUGCUGGAGGAUUGUGAAGACCCCUGCAUCAUCAACACAGGUGAUGUGUCCCUGAGUGAGCUGGUGAAGUCCAUGCACCCGUACUGUCUGCCCACCUUCACUGUGUGCCUGGACCCCGAGACCGAGCCAGUGGCCAAGGAGCUCCUGAGUGGUCCUGUCUUACUAGAAAUUGUGCCUGGUGAGGGGGAGAGCAUGGAGAUCCCCGUAGUUCUGCAGCCACUGGCCCCCAGCUUCCCUCAUCUGGAGUCACAGCUCCUGGGAGCAGAGGAGGGUACCGGGGAGGCAGUCCCAGUGGAUCAAGAGGAGAUGCCAGGAGCUUCAGCCCAGGAAAAUGGGGUGGAGGAGGAGAAGGGGGAGAAGCUACCUGGGAAGGAGUCCUCCAGCACUACCCUGAAGACUGCAUCCCGACCGAAGACAGCGGUGCCUGGAGCAUGGAGACCCAACAGCAGAUCCCGACGCAGUACAGAGGCCCCAGCGGGUGGCAAACGCGAGGGCUCCAAGAAAGGACGCGGCCGAGAGAGAGCAAGGAAGAGUCGGAAAAAGAAAGCAGAGGAGGACCAAAGCAAGCAGGCCAGGCCAGGCAGGGACUGUGUGGCCCACUGCCCUCGCUCAGCUGGCUCUGGACAACCCCCAGGCCAGCCACUCAACAGUCAGCGGCGGGCAACACGUCCCUCUGUCCAGGUCUCAGACUUCUUGGCACGGCAGCUGGAGCAAGCCCGGAAGGAGGGGAAGAUGGAGCUGUGUGCUGAGCAAGCACCACUGCCCCCACGCAGGCAUCGGAGCAUGGCGGGGGUCUCCCUGUCUGAGAAAGUGCAGCAGGAACCGCAGAAGGAGCCAGUGCCAGAAACUGUGAGUGCGGCUCUGGAGAAGGCUGAGUCUGUGGUGCCUCCAGAGAAGACUGCACUGAAUGCAGAGGAGCUGGCAGCAGCAGACUCUCCUGGCCCAGUGGACCUGGCUGAGGGCAAAGGGGAUGCACAGUUGGCUGCCAGACAGGGCAGCAGGGUCUUGGAAGCCACCUCUUCACUCCCAGAGCAAGGCGUGGGGCUGGAAUCCCCCCAGAGCCUACCAGCAGUAGAGCCAAGCAAGAGCCUGCCCAAGGAAGCCAAGCCCAAGGCCCUGAGCCUUCGGGAAUACCGCAUCCGCAUGCUGCACCGCCAGCCCAGCCCAAGCGGUGCGAAGGAUGGAGAGAAGCAAGCAGCCAGCAAGUGGCCCAGCAUCCCUGAGCCUCCAACAGAGCUGGCAGAGAUCCCCUGUCUGGUGUCACCCAUGCGCCCUGCCACCGAAGCAACCAGCGCUCAGAAGAGCCCGGAGAAACCAGCCAGCCCUGCUUCUGUCACUUUUGCUGGCAAAGCUCCUGCUGCUCUGGCUUCAGCUCUGCCACCUGCCGCAGCCGUGCCACCUGCCAUGGCUCCACCACCCCUGUCAACACCAAUGCCUUUUGUCAUGCCAAACAUGCCCCCAGCCGCUGGGGCAGCCCCCACCGGGAUGCCACCAGCCUCUGCUGGUGCUUAUGCCCUUUACCCACCAGUGCCUUCCUGGCCCUGCUUCAGCCCGCAGCCCGUGGGCUGCCAUGGUUUGCCCCCGCCACCCAGCACUUGCUCCCCCAGUACUUUUCAUGUGGUGCCUGGCCUCCCGCCUCCAGCCGUGGCUUGGCCCCCACCAGCCGUGCCUCCCCCGCCUUCAUUUGGCCCAGGGGCUCCAUAUGCCCCUGUGGGGUGGGCACCACCAUCAUACUGGCCCAGAAUCCCUGUGCCACCACCAGUGCCUCCCCUGGGGUACGGGGACCCUGGAGCAGGGCUGCAGGGUGCUGCCGCCUUCCCAGCUGGUGGCCACCCCAGCACAGCCCUCCUGCACGGGCAGCCUCCUGCUGCCCCAGUACUCAGCUGCUCGGAGCCACCAGCCUUCCACAUCCAGCCACCCACUGCCCUGACCAGUGAGAUGGGGGCUGCAGGUGGCCCAGCCAGGCAAGCAACCAGCAGCAGCAGGGUGUCGGACCCCAGGAGGCAAGCACGGCUGGCUGGGGAGAGCUCCCUCCCUAAGGCCCCUCUGGCCACUGCCCAGCCCAUGGCAGCCCCAUCAGCUGCUGCUGCCCAGCCCAGCAGGGUCCCUCCUGCAGCACCAGCUCAGCACAUAGCAGGCCCCCAGGUUGCCCCCACCCAGCCUCUGGAGGAGCCCUCAGGUGUAGCCCCUACCCAGCUCCCAAAGACUCCCCCAGCUGCCAUUUGUUGCCCUGCAGAGGUGUCCCCUGCGGCUGGCCCUGCUGGGGAGUCCCCUGAUACCCACCCCAUUGAGGAGUCCGCAGGGCCGAGCAAGGAGGCAGAGGAGAAAGCCCUGCUGGAGCCUAGGCCAGCUGUUGGGCCAGAGCUACCCACCCAGAAAUCCAUCUCCCAGGCUGUGCCACCACCACCAAAAGCAGGCCGAGAGAGCAGCCUGUCCACCAAGGCACCUGUCACACGGCUAUGGAGGCACCAGCCACUCCUCAGCCCAGCGCAGCCCAGCGACAGCAGCAAGGACAUCGUGCAAGCCUUCAUCAGUGAGAUUGGGAUCGAAGCCACUGACCUGUCCAGCCUGCUGGAGCAGUUUGAGAAGUCUGAAGGCAAGAAGGAGGAGGCUCCUGUGCAGCCCCCUGAGGACAGACGGCCUGUGGUGAGCUCUGGGCCCGAGACCCAGCAGGACAGGAAGCCUCUGGACAGCCUGCAGGCCUCUGAGCUGGCCAAUGUGGCAGGCCUCACUCCCCCAGCGACUCCCCCCCACCAGCUCUGGAAGCCAUUGCCUGCUGUCUUUCUGCUGGCCAAGGCCAAGUCACCCAGGUCUGUGCCCCCAGAAGGGCCCCAGAAGACAACCAAGCUGACAAAAGCCAAGCUGCUGCCUGCAAGCAAGCUCCAGGGAAAGUGCCUGGCAUCGGCCCCUGUGGUCUCAGCCCCCAGCCAUGUCUGCUCUGGAGACCAUGACUACUGCAUCCCAGGUGUGGCACAACCGGAGAGCAAUGGCAGCCCCAGCACACAGCCCCCCACCGAGGGUGGCUCCCGCUGGAACGUCAAACACCACCGGGACAUCACUAUCAAACCCAUCUCCUCCUUAACCAAACGGACGCUGGAGCAGCCCGAGCCCACCCCGCAAGCCCCCACCACCACCGUGGGGCCCAGCCAAGAGCCCCUGGCUUCAGCCUGCGUAGCCCCCCUGGAUUAUCGGACUAGUGUCCCCAGCAAGUCUGCUGCUGACUGCAGCAGCCCCCCCACCUCGGUGCUCCUGUCUCCAGCUGCAUCUCCCUGCCGGGACAAGGAGAUGCAGACCCCCAGCACCCAGCCCAGCAGUGCUGCUGCCAAGAGGUCCCUGCGCUGCUAUCGGAGACCUCAGGACUCACCCAGCCCGUCUGCCAGCAGCUGGAGGGCUGGCCGGAGUCGUGCCAGCCGCUCUUUCAGCUCCAGUUCAGAUGGAGCUAGUGAGUCCUCAUCUUCAUCGUCAUCCUCAUCCUCCCGAUCCCGGUCCCGGUCAUUCUCCCCGCCGCCCAAGCGGUGGCGAAGGUACCGCUCAAGAUGUUCCCGCAGCUCCUCCUCCCGCUCCAGCUGUGGAUCAUGUGGCAGGUCCCGGGGCAGGUCUUCAUCCUCAUCAUCAACAUCCUCCUACUCAUCCAGGUCCACAUCCUGUAGCCAGUCCCGAUCCCGCUCCCCCUCACCCUGCAGGAGGAGUAACAGGCGGAGAAGAUACAGUUAUGAUGCACAGGACCACUACCAAAGGCAGAGGAUCCUCCAGAAGGAACGUGCAAUAGAGGAGCGGCGAGUUGUGUUCAUUGGCAAGAUCCCCAGCAGGAUGACACGGUCGGAGCUGCGGCAUCGCUUCUCUGUGUUCGGGGACAUCGAGGAGUGCACCCUGCACUUCCGCUCUGAGGGGGACAACUAUGGCUUUGUCACCUACCGCUAUGCCGAGGAAGCCUUUGCUGCCAUCGAGAGCGGGCACAAGCUGCGGCGCCCGGACGAGCAGCCCUUCGACCUGUGCUUUGGCGGCCGCCGGCAGUUCUGCAGGAGGAACUAUGCUGACUUGGACUCAAACCGAGAAGAUUUCGACCCAGCCCCUGUCAAAAGCAAGUUUGACUCCCUGGACUUCGACACGCUGCUGCGGCAGGCACAGCGCAGCCUGCGGAGGUAGCAGCAGGUGAGGCGGAGCGCCCGCCCCCACUUUUAUACUCAAAAUACAAAAGACAAAAAAGUAUGGAGAGAGAGAGAGAGAGAGAGAGAGAUGGGGUUUUUAAGAAAAAGAAAAAGGAAAAAAAGAAAUUUGUUUUAUAACCAGUAUUUAAGGAGGACGGGUCAAUUGCCUUCGACCGGAGGGGCCCAGGCGAGUGGCAGCCCCAGGCUUGCCCAGGCCGUGUAAUAAAUGUGGAUGCCCAAACA